AUGAACAAGCUUUACAUCGGCAACUUGAACGAGAGCGUGACCCCCGCCGACUUGGAGAAAGUAUUUGCGGAACACAAGAUCUCCUACAGCGGCCAGUUCUUGGUGAAAUCCGGCUACGCCUUCGUGGACUGCCCGGACGAGCACUGGGCGAUGAAGGCCAUCGAAACUUUCUCGGGGAAAGUGGAACUGCAAGGAAAACGCCUAGAGAUUGAGCACUCUGUCCCCAAAAAACAAAGAAUUUAUGAGCUUAAAAUUUUAAGUUCACCUCCCCACUUGGUUUUUGAAUAUCUCUCUUCCGUUCGCGUGCCACAUGCACUUAAAAGAUCAUGUGCACGGGUGAACACUGAGAGUGAGACAGCCGUUGUGAACGUCACCUAUUCCAACCGGGAGCAGACCAGGCAAGCCAUCAUGAAACUGAACGGCCACCAGUUGGAAAACCAUGCCCUGAAGGUCUCCUACAUUCCUGAUGAGCAGAACGCACAGGGCCCGGAGAAUGGGCGCCGGGGAGGCUUUGGCUCUCGGGGUCAGCCCCGCCAGGGCUCACCUGUAGCAGCAGGAGCUCCAGCCAAGCAGCAGCAAGUGGACAUCCCCCUUCGGCUCCUGGUGCCCACCCAGUAUGUGGGCGCCAUCAUUGGCAAGGAGGGUGCCACCAUCCGUAACAUCACUAAACAGACCCAGUCCAAGAUAGACGUGCACAGGAAAGAGAACGCAGGUGCAGCUGAAAAGGCCAUCAGCGUCCACUCAACCCCUGAGGGGUGCUCCUCUGCCUGUAAGAUGAUCUUGGAGAUUAUGCACAAGGAGGCAAAAGACACCAAAACGGCUGACGAGGUCCCCCUGAAGAUCCUGGCCCACAAUAACUUCGUGGGGCGGCUCAUUGGCAAGGAAGGGCGUAACCUGAAGAAGGUCGAACAAGAUACAGAGACGAAAAUCACCAUCUCCUCGCUGCAGGACCUCACCCUCUACAACCCCGAGAGGACCAUCACUGUGAAGGGAGCCAUCGAGAACUGCUGCAGGGCUGAGCAGGAGAUCAUGAAGAAAGUUCGGGAGGCCUACGAGAACGAUGUGGCCGCCAUGAGUCUGCAGUCUCACCUGAUCCCCGGCCUCAACCUGGCUGCUGUGGGUCUUUUCCCAGCCUCAUCCAGCGCAGUCCCACCUCCUCCCAGCAGCGUUACUGGGGCUGCUCCCUACAGCUCCUUUAUGGCUCCGGAGCAGGAGAUGGUGCAGGUGUUCAUUCCUGCCCAGGCAGUGGGUGCCAUCAUCGGCAAGAAGGGCCAGCAUAUCAAGCAGCUCUCUCGGUUCGCCAGCGCUUCCAUCAAGGCUCAGGGAAGAAUCUAUGGCAAACUCAAAGAGGAAAACUUCUUUGGUCCCAAGGAGGAAGUAAAACUGGAGACCCACAUCCGGGUCCCAGCCUCAGCUGCUGGCCGAGUCAUUGGCAAAGGCGGCAAAACGGUGAAUGAAUUGCAGAAUUUAACAGCUGCUGAGGUGGUAGUGCCAAGAGACCAGACCCCGGAUGAGAAUGACCAAGUCAUCGUAAAGAUCAGUGGGCACUUCUACGCCAGCCAGAUGGCCCAGCGGAAGAUUCGAGAUAUACUGGCCCAGGUUAAGCAGCAGCACCAGAAGGGACAGAGCAACCAGGCCCAGGCACGGAGGAAGUGA